UCAAUCAAGGAUUUGACAAGCCAUGCUAAAUAGAACAAUGUUUCCAUCGUUAAUAUCUCGUCCCGAAUGGAACCCAUCGUCGAUCACUUGAUUUCGAGCUCCGCCUCCGAUAUCAGCACCGCCGGCCGUUCUCUGUGCCUGAACAUCGGGACGCCGAGCUUGUAGGCCAUCGGCGCAGGUGCUUCCGCGUGCCAUCCGAGGAACGCGUAGCUUGGCACGACCGCCGGCGCCGGCGCCGGCGCCGCCGUCGGAGAGCUGGGGACGAAGACGGACACCAGCAGAAGGGCCACGAUGACGAGAGCCUUGGCCAUCCUUGCUGCGGGCACAGAGGGGCUUGGAGAAACGCACCAGGGGGAGAUGACCCCGGUUCUCAUUUAGAGGUCGCGGCCAUGGCCUAUUAUUACCGUGAGGCAGCGCCAGUUGUGUGGCUGAGGACUCGGUCUCUGUCUCUGUGGCUGUUUCUGCUGUUGCCGUUACCGGAGUGCUUGACAUGACUGAGUGCUUGACAUUGCCGUUAAGCCAAUACGUCCUUAACACUUGCGAACUCGUCUGUUAUUAUUAUUAUAUAGGAAGACAUUUAUACGUAUGGGAUGUACUUUCACUGUCGAAUGUUCUCUUCUGGGAGGAGUCUUCGCCGUUCCCCGCCUGCUUCGAGGGUUCGGAGGAGGAGGAGGAGGCGAGACGAGAGAAAGAGGGAGCGAGGGCGAAGGCGUUAGGGUUUCCAGUUACGGGGAUGUGGGCGAUGUCAGACGAGAAGCCACCAGCGGAGAUCUGCAAGGGCGUGAAUGGGUUCGACAAGGCCGUGCUCAGGGAGGACAAUCGAAGAUCGGCCGAGCUGAUGAAAAACCAUCAUCCUUCACAUUUGCCUUACACACCCACUUUUCCGAUUCUAUUAUCAGGUUAUUUUAUGCAUUUGGGAAAAUAUUAUCAUGGUUUUUGUCAGUGGUAUGAAAUCUGUGGGAGAAGAAAGCCAAAUCUGUGGCAGAAUUUGGAGACUGUGAAUAAACCAUUUGCUAUGUGGAGAUUACGGUUGUUGAAAGGAACAUCACUCUUGAAGUUUGGCAAGGAAAUAGAAAGGAACGUUGGAGCUAUCUGCUGUUUCUUCUUUAUGGUGAGGUUCUGAUGUGUAGCUUAUCAUCACACACACACACACAUAUAUAUCCUUUAAUCACAAAGGGGUAUAACAUAAUUACUGACGCUGAUGGUAGGUUCACAAGGAUCUGGGUGAUUUUUGAUGUGCCUGGAGUGCUUUUGCAGACAGUGAUCAUUUUGUACAAAUGUGAUAUGACCUUACUCUUCUCGCAGAGAUUCAUGGUUAUUUGAUUA